GCCCCCAUCCUCAGGGAUAGCUCAGUGUAGCCGUAGUAAGGAGACGUGAGUCACAAAGAUAGGAAAUGAUGCGUGGGAACAUGCAUUUAUUUAGACUCUGGCAGUGUAUGAGAAUGAGGUUUCUUGUGUGGCUUUGUCUCUGAGAAAAUGAGUGGAGACUGGCUCUGGUUUCUGUGUGAGAGGUCACCUUCAAACAUUAUUAUGUCACUGGCAGAAUUCAAAGUGAUAGGGUCUCUGUAGCCGAGGCUAGCUUCAGAUUUGUGAUGCUCUUCCUGCCUUGGCCUCCUGAGCUGUAGGAUUACAGACUUGGGCACCACACCAUGCUCUCAUAACUAACUUUCAUUCUGUCUUGUUUUACUAUGAUCAGGUGAUUUUCCAUAUAUUGUUAUACAAAUGUAGAUUUUCCAAGCGCUGAUUUUGUUCAAAGAAAACCUAGGAGAUGGUGAGCCUGGCGUGAUACUGCAUGUCUGUAAUCCCAGGUGCUCUGGAGCCUGGAGCAGCAGGACUGUGAGCUGGAGGGCAGCUUUGGAAACUUAGUUUCUCAAAAUAAGAGACAAAGUAAACAGGGCCUGAUGGCAUACCUCAAUCCCGAUACUUGGAAGGCAGAGGCAGGUGGAUCUUUGUAAAUCUGAAGCCAACGCGGUCUGCAUAGUGAGCUCUAGGCCAGCCAGGGUUAUAGUGAGACGCUGUCUCGAAAAAAGACAGCCACAAUUCCAUCCGGUACCCUUAGUUGUACAAGUAGCAGCUCUGACUUCAGGGACUUCCUGGAAAAGGAGAGCUCCAGCUUUGGCCUCUUUCCUCGCUCCAUGGGCUAAGAAAAGAUCCUGGGGGCUCCCAGCUCGGUUUGCGGGGCCAAAAAAGAGCCUCCCAGCUUCGGGGUCCAGAGAUGUUCUGGCUGGUGCGUCCCCAGGGCAGGGCGCGCUAGCCACCAGCGCGUGGCUGAGCAGACUGGGUGGAGAAGGGGUAGCACCGAGUCACCUGCAGCCACUUUUCUUUGCUCACGUGACUCAUCUGGUCUCUCCCACCUCUUGGACUCUAGUCUUCAGGCUUCUGGUGUUUGUACUCUUUAAUCCGUCUCUCUGCUUGUACCACCCCCUCUAAUGGGAACAUGUUCACAUCUCUGUCAGCAGGGAACAUCAGUGGCCGUGUGACACCCACGCAUUAGUGUCUCAGUCCCUGUCACUCCCCCCUGCCCCAUCUGUGGCCCCUCCCGUCCCCGUGGACAGCUCCUCAACGUUAAACUUCGGUGUUGAUUUUCGUCUUGGGGUUCUGAGCGUUGAGUCCACGCUGGGGCCUGUGUGUGCUGGGGAAUGCUGUGACUCUGGCUGCAUCCCAGUUGGGUUGUUUGAAAUGAGGGCAUGGGUCUGUUAAGUUGCCCAGGCUAACUUCCAGUUCAGUUUUCCUACCUCGGCUUUCAGAGGAACCGAAUUUCCUGGCAUUUGCCACCUGGCGACACCGGAUGCCUUUCAGUUCCUGCCGCCACUUUGGUUCUUCCAAAGCACUACACUAUUGUUGGGGUCUUCACAAAGCGUUUCUUUUUGCAUGGUGGCAGGUUUCUCUUUCCCACCUACCCCUUCAUUCUCAGAGGAUGAGAGAGAAAAAUAUCACCUACUCAGGUAGCUUAAUUUGAGGAUGUGACAGGACAAAGUGUGAGGAACUGGGUAGACUAGACCCCUUGAGAGACUUAAUUAAAAGUCAGUUAACUGGGUCACCAGCGCCCAAGGCAGCGUCCCAGGAAGGAACCAGGAACAUAAACCCCCUUCCACCCUCUCUCCCGGCUCCUCAUUGGUAGGAGCAGCUGGAAGCCAGGGGCCGUUGUAUGUCAUAUAGACUAAUGUCCUUGGCCAGAGCGAGGGUGGAGAAAGAAAGGUGCUGAAGGUGGGGAGCUGAAAUUGAUGACAGCUGCUUGUACCAUUAAAGCUGGAUUCUAGAUUUCUGUCCUCAGGCUCUGACAGUUCUCAUACUGUGCUCAUGCUGAGUUCUCUCAAAUGUGUGUUCGUCUUGACUGAUUUAAGCUAUUAGAUGAGUGUGAAAACUGACUCCCUUGGAGACCUCAGAACCGCAGCCAGUUCGUCGGCUACACUCCGCUCACACUGGCCUCCCUACAGUAGUGUAGGUGCCCUCAGCACCGCCCCCCAAUGGAGGGUCAUCUGACCUCCAUUUCGCCUCUUCUUCACAAGUGUGAGUGCCUGUGCCCAAGGGGACCAGAGAAAGGGCGAUCAGAUACCCUGGAACUGGAGUCACAGAUGGCUGAGAGCCAUCCUGGGGUGCUGGGAGCUGAACCCUAGCCUUUGCGAGAACGGCAGCCAGUGCUCUUAACCACUGAGCCGGCUCUCCAGCCCAGCUCCAGUUCACACUUUAUCAUCAGCCCCCGAGUGUUACAGGAUCUGACCCCGCACAUACUCCUGCAGUCUGGUUCCUCUCUUCCCAGUAGCACUGCUGUCUGGGACCCCGUCCCCUCUGGUCUGAAUGACUACACCAGCCUGGUCGCUGUUCUCUGGCUCAGGGCUGAAGUGCCCCUGGUGAGCACUGCCUGACACUCUCGUGUGGACAGACGCACCACUCCUCAGCCUCAGAUCAUUCGCUGCUUUUUUAUUUGGGGGUGUGUGUGUAAGGAUUUUUGUUUGUUUAUUUGAGACAAGAUUUCUCUGUGCAUAUCCUUGGUUGUCCCAGAACUCACUCUGUAGACCAGGAUGACCUCAGACUCUCAGAGAUCCACCUGCCUCUGCCCCCUGAGUGCUGGGACUAGAGGUGUGCCCCACCACUGACCAUUUUGUUUUGUUUGUUUGUCUUGGAACUUGCUCUGUGAUGAGGCUGGCCUUGAACUCACAGAGAUCCCCUGCCUGCCUCCCUAGAUGCUGGGAUUACAGGUGUGUACCAUCACCACAAACAAAAAAAGUCUAUUUUUUUGUUUGUUUUUUUUGAGACAGGGUUUCUCUGUGUAGCUUGUCCUGGAACUCUGUAGACCAGGCUGGCCUUGAACUCAGUACGUAGAGAUCUGUCUGCUUUUGUAAAAGGUGAAGUUCAUACCUGCUCGUUGCCCAUCUUUAGAUUUAGUUAGUGUUUGCUUGUGUUCCUCGGUUUUCUUUACACAUUUAGCCUUUUGACCAGACACUCACUAGUGAAAUAGUGACACUCAAAGGAAAGUGCAUGGAAUGAUUGGGAAAUUGCUGUUCCUGGAGAGAUUGUGGGGACUGGAGCAUUACCAGUGAUCGUGCUCAGCCGGGGACCCUGAGCCCGAAAGAGCCGGGGGCCCCGACUUCCCUGUCAUACCAGCCCAGAAUGCCAGCCCCAUUAGACAACUACAGAAAUAAGACAGUGUCUUGGUUAAGACAUUGUGGUUUUUUAAAAACUUGUAUUUCCAGGCAUUCUGGCACACAUCUCUAAUCUUAUCACUCAGAAGGCAGGGGCUCGGAAUUCAAGGUCGGCCUGAUCUACACAGGGAGUUCCAAGACAGCCAGCCAGGACUACAUAGAGAGACCUUGUUUCAAAACUAAAUUCUAUUCAGGCACAGUGUUGCCCAUCUGUGAUCCUAGUGCUCUAAGGCAGAAGUAGGAAAACCCUGAGUUUGACCCUGGACAUAGACUCUGUCUCAAAAAUACACAUACGUUAUUAUAUGAAGUCGUCUACUUCCAACUCAUGCAGAGUCCUGGACAUUCCACUGUCUCUGCCACAAGAGUGAGUUCCAAAUGACAGAAGCCUGGCCUUUGCUCAGCCGGCAAACAGUGUGGAGCCCAUCCUAAGCUGGCUCUCUCCAACGGCAGACCCUGUGCCGUUGAGCAAACUGCCCCUCGCCACAUCCAGAUGGAAGAGGCUCCUGUGCUGAUUGCAGCUAAGUCCUGUCCGCCCCCUGAAGAGGAAAUUCCUCUACGCUGCGCCCUGCUCUGUAGGCCUGCUGGGUAGUGAUAUGGGGUCUGAGGAGACAGAGCUGCUUCCCAAGGAAGAAGCCUGUGAAGAGUCUGUGCCGCAUGGGCUGACAGGAAAGCUUGCACAGGCGGAGUACAGAGGCCAUGAGCGUGGAACAGCUGAAGGAGAUGUGUCAGAAGGCCGUUUGAGCGGGUCCUCCGGAGGGAUUACAGAACAGAUGUGUCCCCAGGAGAAAGAGCUCGGAUCAGGCUUGAUUAUCCCCAGGGAGCCAUCCUCUGGUGAGAGAGGCCAGAAGCAGAGGGAGCGUGCCAGAGGCUCGGGUCCUGAGCCAAGUGUGGUGAUGUGCCCCGGAGCUGCGUCAGCGGAGAACCCUGCGGCCGGGGGAGAGCUCACUAAAGCGCGGGGGCCGCCUGGGGGAGAAAGGCCCCACACGUGUAAAGAAUGUGGGAAGGCCUUUAACCAGAACUCGCAUCUCAUCCAGCACGUGAGGGUGCACAGUGGAGAAAAGCCCUUCGAGUGCAAGGAGUGUGGAAAGACAUUCGGAACCAACUCCAGCCUGCGGAGGCACCAGAGGAUCCACGCCGGGGAGAAGCCCUUCGCCUGCAGCGAGUGCGGGAAGGCCUUCAUCCAGAGCUCACACCUGGUCCACCACCACCGGGUCCACACCGGAGAGCGGCCCUACAGGUGCGCCGACUGCGGGAAGGCCUUCAGCCAGAACUCGGCCCUGAUCCUGCACCAGCGCGUGCACACCGGGGAGAAGCCGUACGCCUGCGGCGAGUGCGGCAAGACCUUCCGCGUCAGCUCGCAGCUCAUCCAGCACCAGAGGAUCCACACGGAGGAGAGGUACCACGAGUGCGGCGAGUGCGGCAAGGCCUUCAAGCACAGCUCGGGCCUCAUCCGCCACCAGAAGAUCCACACCGGGGAGCGGCCCUACCUGUGCGGCCAGUGCGGGAAGGGCUUCGGGCAGAGCUCGGAGCUGAUCCGCCACCAGCGGGUCCACACGGGGGACAAGCCCUACGAGUGCGGCCAGUGCGGGAAGACCUUCGGCCAGAACUCGGAGGUCAUCCGGCACGCCCGGAUCCACACCGGGGAGAAGCCCUACGCCUGCCGCGAGUGCGGGAAGGCCUUCCGCGGCAACUCGGAGCUCCUGCGGCACCAGAGGAUCCACACCGGGGAGAGGCCCUACGAGUGCUUCGAGUGCGGCAAGGCCUUCCGGCGGACCUCGCACCUCCUCGUCCACCAGCGGGUCCACGCCGGAGAGAGGCCCCAUCAGUGCCACGCCUGCGCACGGACCUUCUGGGACACCUCCGAGCUGCUGCUUCACCAGAAGGUUCACGUGGGGGAGAAGCCCUACGAGUGUGGCGAGUGCGAGAGGUCGUUCACCCAGCUCUCGCAGCUCGCCGUCCACCGCAGGAGCCACACGGGGGAGAAGCCCUACGAGUGCCAGCGCUGCCGCAAGACCUUCACCCGCAGCUCGCACCUCCUCCGCCACCAGAGCGCCCACUGCGCGGAGUGAGGCGCGCCGGGCUGCGCGGGGUGAGGCGCGCCGGGCUGCGCGGGGUGAGGCGCGCCGGGCUGCGCGGGGUGAGGCGCGCCGGGCUGCGCGGGGUGAGGUGCGCCUGAGCGGGGUGAGGCGCGCCAGGCUGCGCGGGGUGAGGCGCGCCGGGCUGCGCGGGGUGAGGCGCGCCUGCGCGGAGCAGGCUGCUCACGCCCCCCUGCUGCCCGCUCGGCGUGCCGGCGCCGCCUGUGAGCGUUUACUGAAUUAAACCACAGGAGUGUUUCA